UUCCCCAAUUUUCUCCUUGCACAGCGAUGCCUUGUGUUGCUUUGGGCUUAAGACGAGCUACGACCAAAGGAAUUCGUCUACUCACACUAGUCAACGGGAUGGCUAGUCAACCCAGGUGGAAUUCUGACAUGGCAGCAUUCCGUGAGGAGUUUGCCAAGGCUAAGCAUGUUGUGAUAUUGACAGGAGCUGGGGUCAGUGCUGAGAGUGGGGUACCAACAUUCAGAGGAGCUGGUGGGUAUUGGAGGCGAUGGCAGGCUCAGGAUUUGGCUACACCAGAAGCCUUUGCAGACAACCCCUCUCUGGUAUGGGAGUUCUACCAUUACAGGAGGGAAGUCAUGGCAACCAAAAGUCCAAAUAAGGCCCAUCUGGCGAUUGCUGAGUGUGAGAAGCGCCUUGCUGGUCAGGGACGGAGAGUAACGGUCGUCACACAGAACAUUGAUGAGCUUCACAUUCGAGCAGGAACGCAAAAUAUCAUUGAAAUGCAUGGAACCUUGUUCAAGACUCGGUGUGUCAAGUGCGGUACGAUUAAAGAGGACCGAAAAAGCCCCAUUGUUUCAGCUCUGAAAGACAGAGGAGCCCCUGAUCCAUCAACUCAAGAUGCUAGAAUUCCAGAGAAAGAUCUGCCAAGGUGCAGUGAACCCGGUUGUGAUUCUCUUGUACGACCGCAUGUAGUAUGGUUUGGAGAGGGACUUGAUUCCAAAAACCUGGAGGUCAUCGAUGACGAAUGUGACGAGUGUGACUUAUGUCUGGUGAUUGGCACAUCGUCUGUUGUUUAUCCCGCUGCUAUGUAUGCGCCUAUGAUCGCUAGUCGUGGAGUGAGUGUAGCCGAGUUCAAUACAGAAGAAACACCAGCAACAGGGGCACUUAAGUACCACUUUCAUGGUCCAGCAGGCCAGACUGUCACAGAAGCGCUAGCAAGACACCCCAGUGAGCCAGCUGUUUGAUUUGAUCCUCAUCGUUUUCAACAGUUCCCCCCAAAUUUAUCAAAUUUAUGUUUUUAAGUGUUGCGCGGACUUUAGUCGAUGCGGCAUCAUUUAACACCUGUACCUAUUUACUCUGAUAAUGAUAAGCAGGGCACAGCAAGUGUUAUGGCUGCAAGGGGGCAAUCCCUCUGCCAGUCAAAUCUCUCAAGUCCCAAGCUUAUCAAUCAAAAUUGCACACAAUUAUAACAAAUGCAAUGCGGUAUUUGCACGGUGUCCUAAACAAAUGGUUUCUCAGAUUGUAAAAAUCACGAACAAUUACCCAAAUGACCUCUCCAAAGGUUCAAACUACUUCAAGCAUGGAGCAAGCAACAAGGGCUUCAAGGGUUUGAAAGUAUAUUGGUUAAUGCUGAUGCAGGUAUCAGAAACAAAUGGUUUCUCAGAUUGUGAAACGUUGAGAACUUUCUAAAGUAGGAAACAAAAAAGUUAAAAAUGAAAUGAUUGAUGGCUUUGAAGUAAACAGGGGGGAGGGGGCUGUAUGAGUCAUAAACAAAUGGUUUCUAAGAUUGUGAAGCAUUGAAGGACUGCCAAAUUGGAUGAAAGAAAUCAUAGUUUCGAGGCAUCUCUGAUGGUACAGACUACUUCAAGCAUUGGAUAUGCUUUAAGGUUUUGGAGUAAACACAAAGGUGUACCCUGAAAGUGCCAUAAACAAAUGGUUUAUAAGAUUGUAAAACAUUCAAGGAAUUGGUAAAAUUUGAUAAAAGAAAUGUUAAUUUCAUUGGUUUUGAUCACUUGAAGGCAAUGAAUCAGAAACAAUUAGUUUCUCAGAAGAAACAAAUAGUUUCUCAGAUUGUGAAAAUUAAAGAACUUUCUUAAGUGAGGAAGGAAACAAGUUAUGAAUGAAAAGCUUGAUGGGCUGUGGGGUAUGCGGGGCUGCAAAUGUCAUAAACAAGUGGUUUCUUGGAUUGUGGAACAUUCAAGGACUCGGCUGGAUAUCAGAAUAGAUAAUUUCACUGGUUUUGAUCAUUUGGGAUUUUCAAGUAUAUUAAUGCUUUUAUGCAGGUGUUGGAAUCGAAUGGUUUCUCAGAUUGUGAAAAAUAAGAACUAAGAGAAUGACAAAUUUAUGAAUGAAAUGUUUGAAAGCCUUUGAGUAUAUGGGGGGGGGGCUGCAAGUGUCAUAAACAAUGGUUUCUCGCUGAAAGAAAAUAUUUCUCAGACUGUGAAAAUUAAGAACUAUCCUAAGUGGAGAAAGAUUACCACAAUUCAUUUGUUAAAUGUUUCCGGUAACUUAAUAAUUUGUUAAGUGUCAAAUAAAAAAUCUUGUUAAGCCUAAUAA